AUGGCGUACAUGGCAGCUGUCGCGCCCGUCCCCUGGUGGCCGCCUCCCCCGGAGCUGGCGCCUGUUGGCUUCCUCGACACGUCCUCUGCCGCCGGCUAUCCAGAGCCCCAAACCCUACCCUUCUUGCUAGCGCCGACCCCUCCGCCGCCGCCGCCGCUGCCUGCGGGGUACCCUCUUCUUCCUCCCUCAGCCCCGAUCGUCAUCCAGCUCCAGCCCGACCCCAGCUUCCUCGCGGACGUGGAUCAGCGCCGCAGCAGUUCCCUCGUUCAGUUCUUGAAGGAUGAGGGGGCCGUUCCGUCGCCGGAGGAUGAAAAGAAGAGGGAGAAGGUGAUCCGAGAGCUCAAGAAGAUAGUGAUGCAUUGGGCCGACGCGGUGGCCUAUGAGCAGAGUGUGCCCCAGGGGCUGGCCACGGCUACGAUCUUGACAUACGGUUCUUACACAUUAGGGGCUCAUGGACCUGAAUCUGACAUUGAUGUACUUUGCGUUGGACCUUGUAUUGCAACACUGCAGUACCAUUUCUUUGUUGUUUUGAGACAAAUUCUUGAGGGCAGAUCAGAAGUAUCAGAACUGCAAACUGUUGAGAAGGCUAAGGUUCCCUUGAUGCGAUUUAGAUUCACUGGGAUUGCAGUUGAUUUCACAUAUGCCCAGCUCCCUGUUAUUGAUGCACUAAAGGCUAUAAAUACAUUUAGCCCUCAACUACUACAGAAAAUUGACACACGGAGCUGGAGGAGUUUAUCUGGAGUUCGUGUCAAUGAACAAAUUGUUCAGCUAGUACCAAAUGCAGAGAAGUUUCAAGCUCUGUUGCGAUGCAUCAAACUAUGGGCUAGGAAAAGAGGACUUCAUUGUCAUUAUCUUGGCUUCUUUGCUGGGAUUCAUUUAGCGAUCCUCGCGGCUUAUGUCUGUCGGAAAUUUCCGGAUGCCAGUGUCAAUGGUUUGUUCGCAGUGUUCUUUCAGACUUUUGCUCACUGGCCUUGGCAAGUUCCAGUAAGUCUACAUGAUGAGCCAACUACCUGCUUGCAUUCAGAGGGGCGUCUCAUGCCCAUAGUGAUGCCUUGUACCCCGCCAGAGUUUUGUGUGUCCAAUGUGACAAAAGGCAGCUUCAAAAAAAUAAGAGAGGAACUUACACGUGGUUAUGCUUUGACAAGGGAUCCAUUGAGGCAUGAUUUCCAGUGGACCUGGCUUUUUGAACCCUUUCCAUAUGAUCAGAAAUAUCAACAGUUUCUUCGCAUUGCUUUAUGUGCGCCAACUUUUGCUGAGCUACGAGACUGGGCUGGAUGGGUGAAAUCUCGAUUCCGUAUCCUGAUUCUGAAGCUGGAAAGGGCUGGGAUUGAGUGUGAUCCAUGCCCCUCGGAGGAAGUUGAUCAUACAGACAAUGACCCGAACGUGGUCUUCUACUGGGGCCUCAUCCCUGAAAGAAUCAUUCAGGUUGACACUAGCUCCCUGAAAGAAGAUUUCAUGGAAGACAUCACCAAUGAUGUGUAUGGCACGGUGAAGUGCACGCAUUCAGAUGUGACAAUAUCUGUGGUUGGACUGCCACAGCUGCCAAAGAGUAUGUGCAGCCAGUCUGUUCACUGGCAGUACAUGCAGCAUUGUAUGAUGGGGUACGAGGGCACAGAUGAAGGCCAGAGCGCAGGUUGGCUAGGACUUGGUUAG